UAGGCCGCCGGAGACGCUUCUUUACUUGCGUUAUCAGAGGCAGCACGUCCAGCUUGACAAACCGCAGGCGGCUCCCGAUAGGGAAGCGCGUGGGCGCCAAUCUAGGAGACCAAACCCGCCUCACCGCGGCAGCCAGCCCGACCCCAUCCGCGAGUCUUUUCUCCCCCGAGGUCCUUCUCGGAGCCCAGGAAGCCUAGCAGCGCCGAGAGAGCGCCCCUCAAAGGGUGCAGCGGGCAGGUUCGGACCCGCGGCACAUCACGCGGCGGCGAGUGUGCGCCCUGAGCCUCCACCUCCGAGCAGUCGCCGGAUUGCAGCCUCACUCGGCGCAAGGAACUGCCCAGCCCCGGCUCUCUCGAUCGGGAGAAGCUGUGCAGGUCGGUAGCGAGGCCGGCGAGCUCGCCCACUCAUCUCGGCCCACUCCGUCGUCCUGGGCGUUCGAAGAUGUCCGCCAAGCCCGAGGUCGGCUUCGUGAAAGAGGCUUCUCGCCAGAUCCUGGCCGGUGGUUCCGCUGGUCUUGUAGAAAUUUGCCUGAUGCACCCCCUCGAUGUGGUGAAAACCAGGUUCCAGAUUCAGAGAUGUGCAACUGAUCCAAACAGUUAUAAAAGCUUGGGAGACAGUUUUCGAACAAUUUUCCGAAUAGAAGGGCUGUUUGGUUUUUACAAGGGAAUUCUGCCACCCAUCUUGGCUGAAACACCAAAAAGAGCAGUGAAGUUUUUCACCUUCGAGCAGUACAAGAAAUUGCUAGGAUAUGUGUCACUGUCACCAGCAUUGACAUUUGCCAUUGCUGGAUUAGGAUCUGGACUAACAGAAGCUAUCGUGGUUAACCCUUUUGAGGUAGUAAAGGUUGGCUUGCAAGCGAAUCGGAACAAAUUUACAGAGCAACCAUCCACUAUGAGUUAUGCAAGACACAUCAUUAAGAAGGAAGGCUUGGGACUCCAGGGCCUCAACAAAGGAUUUACAGCAACUUUGGGACGUCAUGGGGUUUUCAACAUGGUAUAUUUUGGCUUCUACUACAAUGUCAAAAACAUUGUUCCUGUCAAUAAGGAUCCAACCUUGGAGUUUUUGAGAAAAUUUGGGAUUGGUCUUCUCUCGGGCACAAUAGCCUCAGUCAUUAACAUCCCUUUUGAUGUUGCCAAAAGUAGGAUUCAAGGGCCUCAGCCAGUUCCUGGAGAGAUCAAGUACAGAACCUGUUUUAAAACAAUGGCAACAGUCUACCAGGAAGAAGGGAUUUUAGCUUUGUACAAAGGCCUGCUUCCCAAGAUUAUGAGGCUUGGACCAGGUGGUGCAGUGAUGCUGCUGGUUUAUGAAUACACCUAUUCAUGGCUUCAAGAGAACUGCCCAAUAUUCAAUAAGAGGGUCACUAAAAGUAGAAAGAAAAAAAAAAAAAAAACAAGAUGCGUCUGUCGUACAACUGCAUCCUAUCCUUUGCAGACUGGGAACUCCAGAUGUCAAUAGGAGUUUUACAAGAUCAAAGGAAGACUAUGGCCCUGAGAGUUCAUCUGCUCCUUCUGCUUAUUCUUCUCCUGAAGUUAUAAUCCUCUGUUUGUAGCACUGACUUUCGGUUGCUUUAGAAAUAAAUGCAGUUCAAAGCCCUCUAA